CCUCCUUCUCUUCACAUUAAAACAUAAAAACCGUCCAGUCGGUUCACUCCCACAUCUACAGCCUUCACCAGCGGUUCUGCACCUCUUUCUCUCUCCUGUGUGAUUCGUCUCGCAAAACUAGCCAUCAUGGUUUCCCAUAAAGAGUUUGUGGGUGCAGGGAAGGUGCCGGGGCUGCAGGUGUGGCGCAUUGAGAACAUGGACCUGAAGCCAGUUCCCAAGAACCUGCAUGGCAGCUUUUACACCGGGGAUGCCUACCUGCUGCUCUUCACCACCUCAGCACCUUCAUACAACAUACACAUGUGGCUGGGGGACGAGUGCUCACAGGAUGAGAGUGGCUCAGCGGCCAUCUUUGCCACACAGCUGGAUGACUUCCUGGGUGGUGGCCCGGUGCAGUACCGGGAGGUGCAGAAGUAUGAAUCUAACACCUUUCUGGGGUACUUCAAGUCAGGGAUCAAGUAUCAGAAAGGGGGUGUGGCCUCAGGUUUUCAGCAUGUGGUGACCAAUGACAUGAAUGUCAAGCGCCUGCUGCACAUCAAGGGACGCAGGGCCAUCAGAGCGACAGAAGUAGACAUGUCCUGGGGCAGCUUCAACAAGGGUGACUGCUUUAUUAUUGACCUGGGAAAGGACAUCUAUCAGUGGUGUGGCAGUGAGUGUAACCGGUUCGAGAGGCUGAAGGCCUCUGAGGUCGCCAUCGACAUCAGAGAUAAUGAAAGAAACGGCAGAGCCAAACUGCACAUGGUGGAGGAGGGCGAAGAGCCAGCAGCAGUCAAAGAGGCUCUGGGACCCGUAACCACCAUUGCUCCCAGUACUCCUGAUGAUGAUAAGGCGGACACUUCCAACAGGAAGAAGGGCGCCCUCUACAUGAUCUCUGAUGCAUCUGGUACAAUGAAGGUUUCAUCUGUGGCUCCAUCCAGUCCCUUCAAACAAGCCAUGUUGUCUCCUGAGGAGUGCUAUAUCCUGGACAACGGGGUGGACAGGAACAUCUUUGUAUGGAAAGGUCCCAAGGCCAACAUGUCAGAGCGUAAGGCAGCCAUGUCCGCAGGUCAGCAGUUCAUCAAAGACAAGGGAUACUCCAGUAAGACACAGAUCCAGGUACUUCCUGCAGGAGCAGAGACGACUCUGUUUAAGCAGUUCUUCAGCGACUGGAAGGACAAGGAUGAGACUACAGGCCCCAGUAAGGCCUUCGCCAUUGGCCGCAUAGCCAAAGUGGAACAGGUGCCAUUCGAUGCCUCCACCCUGCACUCGAACAAAGCCAUGGCAGCUCAGCACGGCAUGGUGGAUGAUGGCAAAGGCAAGGUCCAGAUCUGGCGAGUUGAGAACGGUGAAAAGGUGCCCGUGGAUCCCUCCUCCUACGGUCACUUCUAUGGUGGAGACUGUUACCUCAUCCUCUACAGCUACAGACAGGGAGGCCGGGAGCAACACAUCAUAUACACCUGGCAGGGGCUGAAGUGCACACAGGAUGAGCUGGCAGCUUCAGCAUUCCUCACAGUGAAGUUGGAUGACUCAAUGGGAGGAUCCCCAGUUCAGGUGAGAGUGACUCAGGGUCAGGAGCCUCCCCACCUGAUGAGCCUGUUCCAGGGCAAACCCAUGAUCAUCCACAGCGGGGGAACGUCACGUAAAGGUGGACAGUCACAGGCCAGCAGCACUCGCCUCUUCCACAUCCGACAGAGCUCUUCCCGUGCUACCCGGGCUGUAGAGGUUGAGGCCUCCGCCUCCAAUCUGAACACCAACGAUGUGUUUGUGCUGAAAUCCCCGAACACCGUGUUUGUGUGGCGGGGCGUGGGUGCCAGUGAGGAGGAGAUGGCAGCUGCCCAGCAUGUUGUGGGCUCCCUGGGGGGCAGUGCCAGCCAUGUGUCAGAGGGCAAGGAGCCAGCUGAUUUCUGGUCUGCUCUUGGUGGCAAGAAAGAUUACCAGACCUCCAAGAGUCUGCAGAACAUGGUCAAACCUCCACGUCUGUUCGGCUGCUCCAACAAAACAGGAAGACUCAUUGUUGAAGAAGUACCAGGAGACUUCACUCAGUCAGAUCUGGCCACUGAUGAUGUCAUGAUCCUGGAUACCUGGGACCAGAUCUUCCUUUGGGUUGGCAACGAGGCUAAUGCAGAGGAAAGGAAUGGAGCUCCCAAAAUAGCAAAAGACUAUGUAGACUCAGACCCAUCUGGUCGCAGGGGACUUCCCAUCACCACCAUCAAACAGGGAACAGAGCCUCCAACUUUCACUGGCUGGUUCCAGGCAUGGGAUCCCAAAAUGUGGGAAACAGAUCCAUUGGACAGAAUCCGUGCCCGUUUCUGAACACAAAACCCCAGGCUCUUUCCCUCAGUCUGACUUCUUACCUGUCCAGCACUUCUAUUUGCCACUUUCUUUAUCUUACCUCCAAUCCCUAAGUGCCAAAACCAAUGUUAUCAUUGUAUAAUCUGCCUUGGUCUUGGUGCAGUGCACUAGACUUCAUAAACCGGAAUGCAUCACAUCAGGAGUGAAAUGGCUUUCUCUUGUAAUGUUACCCUUAACUGAUAGAAGUGGUUUAGUGGUCUGUUGCAUCCAGCAGCUUGUCGCCUUCAUAUGUUCAGCAAAUACCCACUGAGGCCGUAAUAUAAAUAGGAAAUAGGAAAGGAAGCCAUUUUAGACAGCUGGAGAUAUUAUCUGUUUCUCUCUGCUCUGUCACUGCCGUACACUUGUGUUCAGAGGACACCAUCAUGCUUUCCUCUCUGUCGUUCUUAAAUCUGUUUGUUUUUCAUAAAGAGCUAGUAUGUUUGAUAGAGACACUUUACUCCAUUGCCACACUGUGUCUGUGUGUUGUGUUUUAUCAUUGGUAUUGGAGUGUUGCAUGCUGCAUUAAAAAAAAAAAAAAUCAUAUUCUGUGCUUGUGAAUUUUAAAAGGCGUGGUAUGCACAUGUCAGUUGCGUAAAGUCUUUAUUAAAUGACCCUGAAAUGCUCGCGUGAAUGGCUUUUAAAUAAAACUCCCACCCAGGA